AUGCCAAUAUAUUUUCUCUCUUUGCUAAUUAUUGCGAGUGGACAAUGCAUCGAGAAUGUAUAUCUCCAAAUUCCCAAAUCAGUCUAGAAACAAUAAUCAGAAACCGAUAUCGUAAUAAGAUUGGAAGGAGAAUACAUAAUUGGUUAUGGCGAGGAUUUUAAUAUCAAUGAUAAAUCUAAAAUUCAAAUACUCCAGUCUUCACUAAUUUUCGGUCCCCAAAAUUUUGAGAUUUAUUGUCCAGCUAUCCAUAUGAUUCCAGACGAAGAAGAAGCCAAAUGCGAAAUCAUAGUAAAUAUGUAUCAAAUGAACACAACAGAAAUCGAUAACUUAGCCUUUGCUUAAUUAGUUAUUCCUGUUGAAACAAAUAAUAAUAUUCGAGAAAACCCUACUCUUCAAAUCUAAAAUAAUUUCUAAUUAAGAUUGGUUGAUUUGGCAGAACAAUUGAAGGAUGUCGAGUAUUUUGUACAAUAUGAGAAUUGUGGUAGAAAGAUAUUCAUUCUGUCUGAUUCCUUGCCAGUAACAGCAGAACAAAUAGUAAAUUUACAAAAUUACUCUAAAUCUUUGAACUCUACAGCUUAAACAGAGUCAAUAACCCCAUUACUCAAAGGUUUGAUUAAGGUUGAAAAUUUUACUGUUGAUAAAAGAUCUACUAUACAUCUAAUUGCAUUAUUCACUAUAAUUUGUGGCGUCAUUUUGUUAGCUUGCAUUCGAGCAUUCAAGAAGAGAGUUGAAGAAAACUCAACUUAGAAUGAGGAGUUAUUGAAUCAAUAAGAAAUGAAAGUUUUAAAAUGA